CUUAAAACACCCCAACACAUACGAUUCGUCCCUUCGAGAACCUAUAUCGUGACAUACUUGUAUUUUAUUAUUACUUAAAUACACAAAAUGAAACAACUUAAACAAGAAUAUGAGACUAUGUUUCAAUUAAUUUCAGGUUUCAAGUUUAAGUUUCAUAAACUUUUGCAUCAAUCAUUAGCAUAGGCUAACAAACUUCCCAUAAUUUGUCUCAAGAAUAAGUCAUCAUGUUACGACACCAGUAUUGUGAUAGAACAAUGGAUAACAGUAGUGAGGUCGUUUUAUGUCCUGUGCAGAUAACGCUGUCGUGUUUCCUGCUGUUUUAAAGGGGAAGCUUAUUGUCUAUAAAUACACCCGUCAUAAAAGAGACAGUGGUUGAUCUUUGUUCUAAACGGCUGAACGCGUUUGAAGCAUAAGGUGAAAAAUCUGCAGAAAAGUGUCAGCAGUCAACAUGGAUGGGGAAUGGAUAUGCGGCAAGUGUACUCUUGAAAACGAUGGCAGCAAGGAAAAAUGCAAAGCCUGUUCAGCGCCGAUGCCGGGACCAAGUCGGUGCAAGACAGGGACAGAUACUGGGUCGUUAAAUGACCUCGGUCCAACCGAAAGGAGAAUAGUUUUCCUUGGUAGAACAGGGUCAGGGAAGAGUGCUACAGGCAAUAACAUCCUUGGCAAAGAAGUGUUUGAAUCAAGCGCAUGUGGAUCAUCUAUUACCAAAAGGUGCCAGAGAGGAACCAGCAAUCGAUUUGGCCGGGAUAUCCAAAUAAUCGACAGUCCUGGAUUGUUCGACACAGGUAUGACGAAUGCUGAAAUCACCAAGGAGGUGGUGAAAUGUGUCGGGAUGACAGCUCCAGGUCCUCAUGCCUUUGUCUUCGUUGUGAGGAUUGACCGCUUUACCCAAGAGGAACAAGACACGCUGAACCAUUUUAGGCUUGUGUUUGGAGAAGAUAUGUUGGACUAUAUCAUCAUUCUGUUCACUAGAAAGGACGAUCUUUUGCAUGAAAAGCAAAGCAUCAAGGGGUAUUUAAAGAAAGUCCCCCAGCCACUGCGAGACUUUGUGAAGUCGUGCAAUGACAGAUGCGUUGCCUUCAACAACAGAGGAAGUGAUGAGGAGAAGGAACAAGAUGUCGAGGCCUUCCUCACAUUGGUGGACGAAAUGGUUGAUGACAACGGAGGUAUGUGCUAUACGAGUGCAAUGUUUGAGGAGGCUGAGAGCAACAUGACGAUGAGAGAGGAGCAGCUGAGGCUGGAACAUGAACGGAAGGGGCAAGAAGAGAGGGACGCAAUCUGGAGAGAAUUUGAGUUGAAACUGCAGAUGAAGCAUGAUGAAACAUCAGAAGUCAGAAAACAGCUGGAGGACCGAAUACGACAACUUGAAAUUGAAAAGGAAAAUAACGCCGAAACCGACAAAGACAUGGCUGCUCUCCAAAAAGAAGUUAUGAAUCUGAAGCUGACCUUGAGAGACAUUAAGAAACAGAAGGAGGAAUCAGAGAACAAGCUGGACAUGGAACGAAAGAAGAAAGACAAGGAGGUGAGGAAAAGACUGGGAAUAGAAAAGCCAAACUUCAGAGAAACCGCUCGAAAGGAAGUCAAUGACGAGAAACCAGGUAUAAUGGGCAUACUUGGAAACAUCCUGCCAACCCUCGUUGGGAGUGUUCUGCCCAAAAUUGGAAAGUUUUUUAGAGGGUUGUUCUCUAAGUAAAUGUCUUUUUUGGCUCGUCAAUCUGCCUUUCACGCCAACACUCUCCUGCAAGAAGACAUUGCUCUGGUCAUAAGUCAGGUUUUAGUUUCCUCACUUUUUCCUGGACUCUGUAAUUGGACAAUCAACUGACUUUUACCUCAAUACUAAAUUGAACAGCAAUAUGAAGAUAGAAGCGAAUAAUCUGUUAUGACGAAGGACGCUGACACUUUCGGUGUUUAAUAUCGGGUUUUUAUUAUCGACCCAAGAACUGACUUCGUAUUUCACUGAUUCCCUUUACUUAGUCCCACAUCAACAAAAUAUACCGGAAGACACCUAAUGCAUCGGGACCAUGUAGAGGUGUGAUAUGACUGGACCUUAGUCUUGUCUAGCCUCACUGGAUUAUUGAAGACUCGUCGCAAAUACCACAACUUGCCAUCAAAGUCCGAUAUUGAGGCUCCUGCCACAAAAUAAGACAAGUCGUCUUCAAGAACAACAAGGACACAAGAGUUUGGGAGUAAUGUGUCUUCCAAUGUCUAGGACCACACAUUUUGUGCUCGCUAUUUUGCCCUGGAAUAAUACCACAACCACAUCCAAAUCAUUCAAAACCUGACUACUGUCCAGUACAAACUUAGUACUCUCAUAUUCACUGGGACAUAUAUAUAUAGCAGACUCCCGAGAGCUUCUUUCUUUCAAUUCCUCCAGGAUGAUUCAGUUACCACCAGCCUUACAAUCAGUUCCCAUUAGCUGGAUUGUUACGUCGUACAAUACUUGGUGUUACUGGUUGCUGUUUCAAGUGUUCAACAUUUGCUACUGUACUCUUGCCAAACAUGCAUGCUACGUUUGUACAUCUAUCGGUAAUUCAUAUACGACUGAUUUACAUGUAUAUAUUAAUUUGGAAAUUCAAGCUGCCCAACAAUUAAGCCAGUUAACACGCCAGAAAUAUCAUGUUUCUGUGACGCAUUUUGUGAUUCACUCUUUACGAGGUUCAGUUAAGAUAUGACUACUCUUGAAACGCUUUUUUGACUGAUAUAUUGGAGAUUUUUAUAUCACAUGAUAAUGAUAUGUCUAAUAUUUUGUAUGGGUAUUUACAUAAACUUAUAACCAAC